AUGUUUUUCAUUCUGGGAAUUCACAGAGGGCUGGAAAAUAGGAAACUUAAAGAGUUCUACAUUGCCAUCAACUGUAGCAUCAACCACGCCACCAACUUCCACAGCAGAAACAACGCCACCGUCUACGUCAUUCAAGACAAUAGUGCCGACUAUUGUAACCACGUCAUCGUCUUCACCACCAAGUAUCACAGAUGCACCUACAGCAACUACGUCAGUGCCUACGUCAUCAUCUACACCACCAACUACCACAGAAACAACAUCAAUUGCCACAACAGCAGCGCGUCAUCAACUGCAGAAUCCAUUACGUCAUCAGCUGCACCAACAACGACCAUAGAAACAACUACAGUUGCUACAACAGCAUCUACGUCAUCAGAAUCAACUACGUCAUCGUCUACAUUGUCAAGUACUACAGAAACUCCGACUACUACGGCGGCGAAAACGGCAUCCAGCACGAUCUUGAUGACAUUCUCUACGCCAUCGGGAUCAGAUUCUAGUCCUUCAUUCACAGGAAAAAAAAAUCGUCGACAGCGUUCAACUCAACACCUGUUUCAAAAACUGCAAACACAACCACCGUAAAGGUUUUUCCAAGCGUUUCCACCGCAUCAUUUGAAAAAGGUAAAAAUAAUUUUUUAAGACUAAAGAAGUUUGUAAUAUCGUGUGCAAAAUAGCAACUCGUGACCUAUCAUCAGAUAUUGGAAUAUAGAUCAAAGGAAUCUGAAAAUUUUUGAGUUGUUUACGAGUCAAAUCAAACAACGUAUGUCCUACGUAUGAAAAAGGGAAAGAUAGAUUCGGGUGUCAAUCGUGAUGUGUUCUUGUAUUACUUUACUUGGCAAGAGCAGAAUUUCUUGUAGUUUUUUUCACCAUGAUUUUUUUCUCUCUCUGGCUUUUCUGUUCUGAUCAAUAAAAGCUGGGAACUGAAAAUACGAAAACACCCUUUUCACUUACUUUUAACUUGCAAUUUAGCAUUUUCUUUUUUUUAUUUAUUUAUUUUUCAGAAAGAGCAGAAUCUAACGAGAAGUUCUUUUCUAGAAAUCAAGAAGUAAUUCUCUCUGCUUCGCUUGUUGGCUUUUGUCUAAUUGUUAUCGUGGGUGUUAUGCUUUAUUUGUUCAAAAGAAGAGUACUGUUACGACAAAAAACGUAAGUUAUUUCAGCUGAUAUUCUUCUGUAAGGGCCGAUUCAGAAGCCGUACAAUCGAAUUCAAAUUUAGGCCGGUCGCAGUUACUAGUCAGGCGCCGAUCUUUCAUUCCAAACGAAGUAAAUUCAAAAUGGAAAAUCGCGCAUUUUGGUAAGGUUACCGUAUACAGUUAGUAUAGAAAUGUAAUGUUAGUAACGAUACUGACAACCAGGAAGCCGUACAAGUGCGUUAUGCUGUGAUGUUCACUAAAACGACGGGACGGAAGCGGCGACGGCAGGAAAAGGGAAAAACAUCUGUCCUCGUCUGUCUCUGCUAUUUCAGUCAUGAUUUCCUCUUAUAGUUUGAGUAAUCAGGUACAGGUCGGCACUAAAGUAUAAAACCGCUUUUAAUUCCAAAACACAUUUGCAAAGCAACUGAGUUUUUUUCAUUGACAAACUUGGCCACGAAAGGUCACCUUGCACCAACCUUGUUCUCAGGGUUCUCUCUCUUCCUCCCUCGAGGGAGAAAAUCUUGGGAACGAGGUUGACCUUACACAUGCCUCACAUGCGUCUUUUUUCUCCUUUUCUUUUAGACUUAACAUAAGACUGCCAGGAAUGAUGUACGAUCGAGUUAAUAUUGUGUAG